UAGCAAGCUAUAUAAUUGCCUGUAUCUACUCAAUUGGAUUUCAUCAGGCUUUUAUAAGAACGUAGUGGAAGUUUUCAAUUAGUUUCGUUCGAUUUCUUUGAUCUUAUCUACAUUUUUCAGCCCUCGACCUCCCACUAAGUUCUCCGCAAAAUGUCUACAGACAACAAACUGCUCAUCAAAGGUGCCCUCGACGUCGAUCCAUGGUUGGAACCUUACUCGCAGCCACUUAUCGACCGUCAGCUUAAGUUCCAAAAAUGGUACGCUGACUUGAAGCUGCUGGAAACUUCUCUUUUCCAAUUCGCUUCGUCGUACCAGACCUAUGGUGUCCACGGUAACUGGGACACCAAGGAAGUGGUGGUGACUCAAUACGUUCCCGAUAUCCAGGAGGUCUCUUUGGUAGGAGAAUUCAAUAAUUGGGAUGUUUCUGCUCACAAAUUGAAGAAAGUCAACAAUUUUGGCUUGUGGUCACUUACCAUUCCUCCAGUCGAUGGAGAUUUUGCAAUCAAACAUGAUUCCAAGUACAAGAUCUCGAUGAAAUUGCCCUCAGGCGAACAGAUUUACCGUUUGGAUCCGUGGUUGAGAAGAGCUACCCCUGCCACAGAAACCACUUUGUACGAAGGCCGUUUCUGGAACCCUUCGCCAGCUGAAACCUACAAGUUCAAGAACAAGAGAGCAACCUUCAACUCCACUGAGGGUAUCAGAAUCUACGAAGCCCACAUCGGUAUCUCGACUCCAGAACCCACCGUUGGUUCCUACAAGAACUUUACGGAAAACAUUUUGCCCAUCAUCCACAAGCUGGGCUACAACACCAUCCAGUUGAUGGCAGUCAUGGAACACGCCUACUACGCUUCCUUUGGCUACCAGGUCACCAACUUCUUUGCUAUUUCGUCUCGUUUUGGAACUCCAGAGGAAUUGAAAGAGUUGAUCGAUACAGCACACGGCCUUGGAAUCAAGGUGUUGUUGGAUGUUGUUCAUUCGCAUUCGUCUAAGAACGUCGAAGAUGGUUUGAACAUGUUCAAUGGAACAGACCACUACUUGUUCCACGGCGGACCCAAGGGUAACCAUGAUUUGUGGGACUCCAGGUUGUUCAAUUACGAAAACCACGAGACAUUGAGAUUCCUCUUGUCCAAUUUAAAGUUCUUUAUCGACGUCUAUCAGUUUGACGGGUUCAGAUUCGACGGAGUCACCUCCAUGAUGUACAAACACCACGGAUUAAGUUUCGGAUUCUCGGGUGACUACAAUGAGUACUUCAACCCUGAAUGGGUUGAUACAGAUGCCGUGGUUUACUUGAUGCUUGCCCAUCAGUUAUUGCUGGAGAUCAGCGAGAAAGAAGACGGCUUCAAGUUCUUCUCCAUUGCCGAAGAUGUCUCGGGUAUGCCUACUCUUUGUUUGACUAUUCCUGAAGGUGGUAUUGGAUUUGACUACAGAUUGUCCAUGGCCAUUCCCGACAUGUGGAUCAAGAUUUUGAAACACUUGUCGGACGAACAAUGGGAUCUCCAUUCUAUCGUCCAUACCUUGACAAACAGAAGAUAUAAAGAAAAGUGUAUUGCUUACUGCGAGUCUCACGAUCAAGCUUUGGUCGGCGACAAGACCAUUGCAUUCUGGCUCAUGGACAAGGAAAUGUACACGCACAUGUCAGUUCUUUCUCCACUCACUCCAAUCAUCGACAGAGGUCUUUCCUUACACAAAUUGAUUCGUUUGCUUACUUUUGGUUUAGGAGGUGAAGGGUACUUAAACUUUGAAGGUAAUGAAUUCGGCCAUCCUGAGUGGUUAGAUUUCCCCAGGGUUGGAAACAACGAGUCGUACCACUAUGCCAGAAGACAGUUCAACCUUAUUAAGGACGACUUGUUGCGUUACAAGUUCUUGUAUGCAUUUGACGCUGGAAUGCUCUCGUUAGACAGCAAGUAUGGUGUCUUGGACAAACCCCAGGCUUAUGUCUCAUUGAAGCACGAAGGUGACAAGGUCCUUGUUUUUGAAAGAAAUGGCCUUCUCUUUGUGUUCAACUUCCACCACAGCCAGUCCUUCCCAGACUACAAGAUUGGUGUUGAAACUGCUGGUACCUACCAGAUUGUUUUGAACUCUGACGAAGCGCAAUAUGGUGGUCACGACAGAAUCCAAGAAGUCGAUGCCAACGGCAAGCCUGUUCAGUAUUUCACCAACAAUGAUCCAUGGAACAACAGAUCGAAUUCGAUGAUGGUAUACAUUCCAAGCAGAACUGCUAUUGUCUUGCAACUUAAAGACAAGAUCAAAGCUUAAUUUUUCAAUAAAAAAAUAGUCCUCAAGAAAAUCCGCCAGAUUUUCAAAGGAUACAAUUAAAUCACAUAUAGCUAUAGCAGCCCAUUUACAUAUACAUUUUAUGGAGGAUAGACAUUAUGGCUUGUU